AUGUACACGACGUCUUUAAAAAUAUUAAAGUGCUUUCAAUUCUUCCCAAAUAGGGGUUAUAGCAAUAGCGCCUGUCUUGUGCGGAAGAGAACACGGUCAGCGAUCGAUAUGGGUUUAAAAAGUAGAGAGAACCCUGUUGUUCUAAAGCUAGAAUCGGCAGAAUUUAAAAACAUAUUUACUCCGGAAGUAUUAAAGCUGAAGACAUUGUUUGAUAAAUAUCAAUAUGAAAUAAGAAUCGCUGGGGGAGCAGUCAGGGAUCUGUUAAUGGGUCAAAGUCCAAAAGAUCUUGACUUUGCAUCAACAGCAACUCCUCAUCAAAUGAAAGAAAUGUUUACAGCUGAGAAUAUCAGAAUGAUCAAUGCUAAUGGGGAGAAACAUGGUACUAUUACUGCUAGGAUUAAUGAUAAAGAAAGCUUUGAGGUGACCACACUGAGAAUAGAUAUAGUAACAGAUGGCCGCCAUGCAGAAGUAGAAUUCACAACUGAUUGGAAAUUAGAUGCUAAUAGAAGAGACCUUACAAUUAAUUCUAUGUUUUUAGGUUUUGAUGGAUCUGUGUAUGAUUACUUUUUUGGUUAUGAAGAUUUACAAAAGCGAAGAAUAGCUUUUGUUGGAGAUCCUAAUAUUAGAAUUAAGGAAGACUAUCUGAGAAUAAUGAGGUAUUUUCGAUUUUAUGGAAGAAUAGCAGAGGAGCCUGAUAAACAUGAAGAAGCAACACUCAAAGUUUUGAGUGACAAUGUUGAUGGUCUACAAAAUAUAUCAGGGGAAAGAAUUUGGGUUGAGCUUAAGAAGAUGCUGCAAGGAAAGUUUGCAGGAAGUUUGUUGAAGACAAUGUUAAAUGUUGGAGUAGGAAAAUAUAUAGGCUUGCCAUCGUCUCCAAAUAUUGAUGAGUUGGAUAGACUCUUGAAAAGAGGUGAACAUCUAAACUUACAUCCAAUGAGUUAUUUGGCAGCAUUACUACUGGACUUGGAUGAUGUCACAUUAUUACAUAACCGACUUAAGUUCUCAGGCUAUGAUAGGGACAUGGCUUACUUUCUAGUAGAACAUAGAGCAGAUAAAGUAGCUGAAAGACAAUUACUCCCUUAUGAAAAAUUAGUCCUCAAUAGUAAGAUCAAACAAAAAGACGCGAUUGAAUAUGUUAAAGAAGUUUUGAAAUAUAGAGGUGAUGAAAAACUACUUGAGGAUUUUAAUAAGUGGGAAGUGCCCAGGUUUCCUGUUUCUGGUAAAUUAUUAAAGAAUGCUGGUGUACCACCAGGUAAAAUGUAUGGACCCAUCAUAAGUCGCCUCAAGGAUAUGUGGAUUGAAAACGAGUACAAGCAAACUGCAAGUGAUCUUGUUAAAUAUAUUCCUGAUAUCCUGGAAGAGUUUGGAAACAAUAAAUUAAAACAUGCUAAGUAA